CAGUCACAAACAGCUUCCCUAUGUGGUCUUUGACCAGGUGUCAGCUUGAGGCUCGAACGUGGGCGCAAUCUUAGUGUCUGAUCCGGGGGCAAGCCGUUAGUGCAGCGCAAAAUAAAGCGACAAGUCCGAUGAAACGGACCAAGCGGUCGAUUGAAGCAACGUCACGCCACGUGGCCGGCUAUAGCGGGUCGUGCCCGGGAUCGAUGCACUCUGAAAGCGCAUGCCCAGGCGCGAUUUCUCCACUUCGAAAACUGAAGGCCUGUGGGUUGUCGGUCACCAGGGCUAAUCUCGCUGGCCCUCCUCCGCAUCUUUCCUCCUGGACGAUAUAAGAAGAUUUACAUCCACACGUCUUCCUCUUCUUUUACCACGUAGUCCUCCAUCCACAGCACCGAGAAACAAAUCGCAAUGUCUGGCGUCGACGGAGUUCGCAUUCUUGGCCGCAUUGAAGGCGAGCACGCCAAGAUCCUCACGCCCGAGGCGUGCCGCUUCCUGGCGCUGCUCCACCGUAGCUUCGACUCUACCCGGCAGAAGCUGCUCAACAACCGAGCUCUGCGCCAGGCCCAAUUUGACGGCGGCGCCCUGCCCGACUUCCUGCCUCAGACUCGGCACAUUCGCGAGAAUGCGACGUGGAAGGCUGCCCCUCCGGCGCCCGGCCUCCGUGACCGCCGUGUCGAGAUCACGGGCCCCGUCGACAAGAAGAUGGUCAUCAACGCCCUCAACUCGGGUGCAUACACCUACAUGGCCGACUUUGAGGACUCCAACUGCCCCACCUGGGCCAACAACCUCGACGGUCAGGUCAACAUGAAUGCCGCCAUCACGCGCACCAUUGACUUUACCCAAAAGGACACGGGCAAGUCGUACAAGCUCAAGCCUCUCGGCCAGACGGCCACGCUCAUUGUCCGGCCCCGUGGCUGGCACCUCGACGAAGCCCACUUCCUCGUCGACGGCAAGCCCAUCUCGGGCGGUCUCUUUGACUUUGGUCUCUACUUCUUCCACAACGCCCACGAGCUCGUCAAGACGGGCUACGGCCCGUACUUUUACCUGCCCAAGAUGGAGUCGCACCUCGAGGCUCGCCUCUGGAACGAUGUCUUCAACUUGUCGCAGGACUACAUCAAGAUGCCCCGCGGCACCAUCCGAGGCACCGUCCUCAUCGAGACAAUCACGGCCGUCUUUGAGAUGGACGAGAUCAUCUACGAGCUCCGUGACCACUCGUCGGGCCUCAACUGCGGCCGAUGGGACUACAUCUUCAGCUUCAUCAAGAGGCAGCGCUACCACCGCGGCGCCAUCCUUCCCGACCGCGCAGACGUGACCAUGACGGUGCCCUUCAUGAACUCGUACGUGGACCUGCUCAUCCAGACGUGCCACAAGCGUGGUGUCGCUGCCAUUGGUGGUAUGGCCGCCCAGAUUCCCAUCAAGAACGACGAGAAGGCCAACGCGGCUGCCAUGGACAAGGUCAGGGCCGACAAGCAGCGCGAGGUCAGCAAGGGCCACGACGGCACCUGGGUCGCCCACCCGGGCCUGGUGCCCAUCGCCCUCGAAAUCUUCAACAAGGGCAUGCUGGGACCGAACCAGUACUUUGUCCGCCGCGAGGAGGUCCGCGUCUCUGCCCUCGACCUGCUCAACUCGGCUGUGCCGGGCAAAAUCACCGAUGCGGGCGCGCGCGCCAAUGUUGGUGCGCUCCUGGGCUACUGCGCAAACUGGCUCAACGGUGUUGGCUGUGUGCCGAUUGCCAACGCAAUGGAGGACGCAGCCACGGGCGAGAUCUCGCGCCUGCUCCUUUGGCAGUGGAUCUACCACGGCCAAAAGACGGCCGAGGGCACCGCCGUCACGGCCGAGUUCAUCGACCGGCUCCUCGACGAGGAAGGCGCCAAGCUGAGCAAGUUGGGGAGCCGCGCCGUCGACACGGCAAAGCGCUUCAUCCGCGAGGACAUCCGCAAGAAGGCUCCCGCCGAAUUCCUCACUUCGGAGCUCUACAACCACCUUCCUCACGACCACGCUCCCGCCCGCAUCUGAGCAGCGGCGCAUUUGUAAAGUGAGGAAGAAGAGGAAAAAAAAGAGGGAAAAUCCAGUCUGCUCUCCUCCAAAUCUCAUAUCGGCUUUGCUUUGUUCCUGUCUCUCUCCCUUUUGGGGGCCCUCUCCCAUAUUAAUUUGACUUGCCU